UUCUGGACCACGGAGUCGGUGCCGUGCCGAAGCUGCACCCGGGGACCCGCAGCUCCUGCCACACACUUACUGUUUGAGGACCCAGUCUCCCAAGACCGCGUGGGCCUCGGGUCACGGCCUGCUCAUCAGCUCAGGAAUGGAGAAGGGAUACAGCACAGUCACCUUCGACGGGACGCCCAGCUAUGGCCACACGCCCUCGCACCAUGCCGCGCAGUUCCCCAAUCAUUCCUUCAAGCACGAGGACCCCAUGGGCCAGCAGGGAUCUCUGGGCGAGCAGCAGUACUCCGUGCCGCCCCCGGUUUAUGGCUGCCAUACCCCAACCGACAGCUGCACGGGGAGCCAGGCCCUGCUGCUGAGGACGCCCUACAGCAGUGACAAUUUAUAUCAGAUGACCUCCCAGCUUGAAUGCAUGACCUGGAAUCAGAUGAACUUAGGAGCCACCUUAAAGGGAGUUGCUACUGGGAGCUCCAGCUCAGUGAAAUGGACAGAAGGGCAGAGCAACCAUGGCACAGGGUAUGAGAGCGAGAACCACACGACACCCAUCCUCUGUGGUGCCCAGUACAGAAUACACACCCAUGGUGUCUUCAGAGGCAUUCAGGAUGUGAGGCGUGUGCCUGGAGUAGCCCCGACUCUUGUCCGGUCAGCAUCUGAGACCAGUGAGAAACGUCCCUUCAUGUGUGCUUACCCGGGCUGCAAUAAGAGAUAUUUUAAGCUGUCCCAUUUACAGAUGCAUAGCCGGAAGCACACUGGUGAGAAACCAUACCAGUGUGACUUCAAGGACUGUGAGCGAAGGUUUUCUCGUUCAGAUCAACUCAAAAGGCACCAAAGGAGACACACAGGUGUGAAACCAUUCCAGUGUAAAACUUGUCAGCGAAAGUUCUCCCGGUCCGACCACCUGAAGACCCACACCAGGACUCAUACAGGUAAAACAAGUGAGAAGCCCUUCAGCUGUCGGUGGCCCAGUUGUCAGAAAAAGUUUGCCCGGUCUGAUGAAUUAGUCCGCCAUCACAACAUGCACCAGAGAAACAUGACCAAACUCCAGCUGGCGCUCUGAGGGGUCCAACACGGGCACAGUUCUGUGUCCCAGGCAGGACAGUGUGUGAACUACUUUCAAAUCCAAUUUUGAAAUUCUUCACUCACCUAAGGAUAUGGCCGUUGAUCAUCUUCAUCCAACUUCCAAGACAAGAUACCUGUACCACUGGAUCUUACCAGGUUUGCGGGAGGAAUUGGUCUCUCCUCCGCCUAACUCACAGGCCUGGAGAAGCAGCUAAUGAUGUCUGGUUAGUUAAAAGCCCAUCGCCAUUUGAUCUGGAUUUUCCAUUGUAAGAAGAGCCGUUGUUGAUCACGUCCCUCCAACCCUCCCCUUCUCCUCUACGCUCAUUUUCACUAGGAAGGGAGGGAUGGUACCAUUUCCCAUCAUGGAAUAUUUAUAGGCCAGGGCAUGCGUUUGUGUCUGCUAACAUAAACUUUGUCAUGGGUUCCAUUUACUAACAGCAGCAGCAAGAAAUAAAUCAGAGACAUUGGGGGUGAGGCUCAUCCAGCAUCCUGGAGGUCAGGCGGGCUGCUAACCUGUAAAACAGGAUGUAGUUCCACCAGGCGACUUUUAAAACACACGUGUUUCAAGCAACUGAAAAAAAAAAAAGAAUCAGAACUAACCAGUAUCUCUGUAUAGACAUCUAAAAGAAUCUAACUGCUCAGUUAAUCAGUGUUAAUGUUAGCACAAUGUUCUUAAGCAACCGUGUGUGAAGAUGGGAAGUUUUUGUGGUUUUGACUUUUUCUGAGUCAGAUGCAUCUUCAGAGAUGUACCCAUGUCUUCACACAAAGAAAAUGGAAUUCAUGUUCAUCAUUGGGGUGUCCUUAGAGUGUACAGAUCACACUGGCCAUGUGGCUUCAAGUUGUAAAAAUUAAAAGUGAGUUUAAAAGAAAAUAGGGGGCUGGUCCAGGAUCUCCGGAUCAGUCUGUUCUUAAGUAACUUAACUUUGGGUCUACAAGUAUAUGUGAAAAAAAAAUGAGACUUGCUAGUGUGGAGGAAAUCCAUUGUUUAAAGGUUUUUGGGUAUGUGUGUGAGUGUGUAUGUGUAUUUUGUUUUUUAAGGGAGGGAGUUUAUUAUUUACUGUUGCUUGAAAUUAUUGUGUAAAUAUAUAUAUCUGGUAUUGAUCUGCUCUUUGACGACUAAAAUUAGGAAAUGUAUAAAUGUUAGGUGCAUCACUGGGUGUUGAUCUUGCAGCAUAUUGAUGAUAACACUAAAACUGUAACCUGCAUUUUUCACUUUGCUCUCAAUUAAAGUCUGUUCAAAAAGAAAGACAA